AUGACUCUUGCCGUUGUUCUUACUGCGUUUGCCAUGGCAACGCUCCAGGAGCGAGUUGCCGGGCCACGAACCCGCGCUGAGAUGGUCAAAGCAUUGCCAACCGCUGACUCCCUCAUUGUACUGCUUCACAAAGGAGUGCUAUACAAUGCUACUUUCGCCGAGAUGAUACUCGAAGCGAGUAGGGCAGCGCUGAAGGACGGCGACGGCACAGGAUCGGACAUGAUGAUGACGAAGGUACCGUCGAUCGCUUCAUCUAGCUCUGGCGGGGAUAGGCAAGGGCGAGCCUGGACCAAGCUAAUCACUGUGAAUGCAGACACAGGCUUUGUUUAUCCCGGCCAUGAGUUCUACACGGUUUUGCACGGACAGGGUUUGGGAGUUGACGGGCUUGGACCAGAUGUGGGACCCUACUUGGUUGAUGCGUACAAAGCAAUCUUCAAGAAGAUCUCCAUGCCCUUCAGCUGCUCUCAUGCUGCAGAAGGAUUGCUGCUGCAGCAAGCCAAAGAGAUUUCAAAGCGCUUGGUCGCCUCAAUGGAUACCAUGUUGAUGGGCAAAACCUCCACCGGACGCCAUGGAAACAGCGUCCCGGGUUCAGCAAACUCGGACCUGAUGAACUCCAUUAGUCCCGGAAGUGUCCGGACGUCUCGUGCCAAGGACGCUGCAGACAAGGCUUCCCCAGCGCACAGGCCGACCGAAGUGACAGAUGCUAUCACCGACUUUGAUGAACUGGGUCGCUUGAGCUCCUUAGGUGCAUCGGACAGUGAUUCAGAAGGGCGGGUCGGAUGUGAAAGUGCAGGAAUUGCUUUUGAGCUGCCGCGUUCAGAGGACGCGGAGCAACAUUCAUUUUAG